AUGGCGCCCCCCACCCUGUACCCGUGUGUCCCCCUCUCCGCAGAAGAGGCAUCCGUGAUGCUGCUGAUGCCACACUCGGGCCUGCGGGCCUGGCUCAGCUGCAUUUCAGUGGCCCCACUUGGAGACCCGCUGAGCACCGGUCCCCAAGGCCCCUCCCAGCAUGGAGACACUCCAGGGGUAAACAGCAGGAAGCCCUCCUGCCCUCACAGCACCCCCAGCAAUGUCCGGCUUUUCCCACCCACAGCUCCCGCCUCGGCCUGCCUCCUGCUGCUGCUCCUGGCCCUGCCCCCGGCGGCCCCCAGCUGCCCCAUGCUCUGCACCUGCUAUUCGUCCCCGCCCACCGUGAGCUGCCAGGCCAACAACUUCUCCUCCGUGCCGCUGUCCCUGCCACCCAGCACGCAGCGCCUCUUCCUGCAGAACAACCUCAUCCGCACGCUGCGGCCGGGCACCUUCGGGCCCAACCUGCUCCCCCUGUGGCUUUUCUCCAACAACCUCUCCUCCAUCCACCCGGGCACCUUCCGCCACCUGCAGGCCCUGGAGGAGCUGGACCUCGGGGACAACCGGCACCUGCGCUCCCUGGAGCCCGACACCUUCCGGGGCCUGGAGCGGCUGCAGUCGCUGCAUCUGUAUCGCUGCCAGCUCAGCAGCCUGCCCAGCAACAUCUUCCGCGGCCUGGUGAGCCUGCAGUACCUCUACCUCCAGGAGAACAGCCUCCUCCACCUACAGGAUGACCUGUUCGCGGACCUGGCCAACCUGAGCCACCUCUUCCUCCACGGCAACCGCCUGCGGCUGCUCACGGAGCACGUGUUCCGCGGCCUGGGCAGCCUGGACCGGCUGCUGCUGCACGGGAACCGG